AUGGCCGCACCCAGAGCAAACAAACCGGCGCGUAUCACGAUCUUCCGCCUCUCCGUUACGUUCCUCCUCGUCGCCGCGAUAGUUUCUGACAGCGCCGCGGCCGCGACGGGCGCUGCGAGCUCCGCCGGCGAUGGGUCGAAUCCGCCCGCCCUACAUUCCCAAGGCCGCCUCGCCAACAGCCACCUGUGGCGCCUGAAUAGCUUACGCAAGAUUCUUCCCAAUGGCGCUGCUCCUACUACAGGCGGAGCCGCAACUGCAGCCAGCAGCGGAGCAGCGGCGAAACCAUUGGCGACCCCUGCCUCGACGUCCACGUGUCAGGCGUCGACUCUCGCUGGUUACACGAGCUCCGUGGACCUCUCAGGCAAAGGGCUCAUCCUCCAUUGGAAAAAGUCAACGGGGUCAACGAUCGACCUCGCGCUCGAGGCCAAGUCAACGAGCGGCGCGGCUAGCGGGUGGAUAGCGGUGGCGUGGUCCAACGGCGGCAUGUUCAACUCCGACGCCGUCAUCGGGAACCUCGCGACGGCCAGUGGCGUCGGCACGUACGCGAUAUCGAGCUACUCGAAUGUGGCUCCCACAACGCGCUUCGCCAUCACCGCCACGAGCGUUACCACGUCGGGCGGAAAAACGAUUGUGAAGUUCACGCGCGCGUCGGGGAACGGGCUCGUGCCGGUCAAGGUGGCGGGGAGCAACAAGCUCGUGUGGGCUUACUCGGAGUCUGGUAGCUCAAAGACAGUCGCCAACCAUGGAGGCUCACACAGAGGAGCCAAGACCGUUGACUUCUCUUGCGACGGAACAGCCUCUGGGUCAGGCUCCGGGUCAGGCUCGGGAUCAGGCUCGGGCACCGGGGCAGGCACGUGCACGGGCAACACGGGUGUGAGCGGCACGGCGUGCCCUGCGUCCACCCUUUGUGGCUACUCCUACCAGGCGCAGAUCAAACCGGGAGUGCUGCUGCACUGGAAGCGUGCGUCCGCCACGCAGCUGGACAUGGCAGUGGAGCUCAAGAGCAGCAGCGGCGCCAGCAACGGCUGGUUCUCCCUCGGCUGGGCCUCUGGAGGAGGCAUGGCUCCUGCCGAUGCUGUCAUUGGCAACAGGGACGGGGGACUCGUCAGCCCGUACUACAUCGACGGCUACACCAUGUCCUCGUUAAAAGGCGGCUCGUUUGACAUUGGCAGCAGCGCUGGGACCGUGACAUCUGCUACAGGUUCCACAGUGAUCCAGUUCUCGCGCACGGCCGACACAGGGUCUAUUCCCGUGAAGAUGAGCGGCGUACAUCGGAUCAUAUGGGCGCACUCACCCACCAACUCCAAGACCCUCGCCUUUCACUUCACUGCUGCUGGUCAUAUCUCCGUGGACUUUUCCUCCCGAGCUCUGCGAGCGCAAGAACCGGCGCGCAUCGCGCUCAUCACGAUGCGCCUUUACAUUACGUUCCUCCUCAUCGCUGCGGUCCUUGCCGGCUUCGCCGCCGCCGCCCCGGGCGAUCUGUCAACGGCGUCCGCCCGAAAUUCCCAAGGUCUCGCCAGCAGACUCCACUCGUGGCGCAUGACAACGUUGCGCAAGCUUCUUCACAGGAGCGCUGCUGCCGCUACAGCCGGCGGCGGUGCAGCCGUCGCGACGAAACCUCUGGCGACAACUGCUGCCACGGGCACGUGCCAGGCGUCGACUCUCGCGGGUUACACGAGCUCCGUGGACCUUUCAGGCAACGGGCUCAUCCUGCACUGGAAAAAGUCAACGGGGACAACGAUCGACCUCGCGCUCGAGGCCACGUCAACGAGCGGCGCGGCAAGCGGUUGGUUCGCGGUGGCGUGGAGCAACGGCGGCAUGUUCAACUCCGACGCCGUCAUCGGGAACCUCGCGACAGCCAGCGGCGUCGGCACGUACGCGAUAUCGAGCUAUUCGAGUGUGGUUACCACGACACGCUUCGCCAUCACCGGCACGAGCGUCACUUCAUCAUCAGGCGCAAGCACGAUUGUGAAGUUCACGCGCGCAGCGGGAAAAGGUCUCGUGCCGGUGAUCGUGGCGGGAAGCAACAAGCUCGUUUGGGCGUACUCGAUGAGCGGCUCGAAGACUAUCACCAGCCAUGGCGGCACGCACAGAGGAGCCAGCACUGUUGAUUUCUCGUGCGACGGCACGGGUGGUUCGGGGUCAGGCUCGGGGUCAGGCUCGGGAUCAGGCUCGGGCACCGGAGCAGGCACGUGCACGGGCAACACGGGCGUGAGCGGCACCAAAUGCCCUGCGUCCACCCUCUGCGGCUACUCCUACCAGGCGCAGAUCAAACCCGGAGUGCUGCUGCACUGGAAGCGUGCGUCCGCCACGCAGCUGGACAUGGCCGUGGAGCUCAAGAGCAGCAGCGGCGCCAGCAGCGGCUGGUUCGGCCUCGGCUGGUCCAACACCGGCGAUAUGUCUCCCUCCGACGCAGUCAUUGGCAACAAGGCCGGGGGACUCGUCAGUGCAUACCACAUCACCGGCCAGAGCAUGUCCUCGUUACAAGGCGCCUCGUUUGACAUUGGCGCCAAUGCUGGCACCGUUACAUCAGCAUCAGGGUCUACAGUGAUCCAGUUCUCGCGCACAGCCAACACGGGGGCGAUUCCCGUGAAGAUGAGUGGUCUCAAGACGCUCAUAUGGGCGCACUCCAACUCCAACUCCCAAACCCUUGACUUCCACGGCGACAACGUAGGUGGGAUGAAAGUGGACUUCUCCUGUGCCAAGGCCCCAUCUGCUCACAAUGGGGAGGGUAACGAUGGCGGUGGUGGCUUUACAGGGCCUUCGGGUCCUACCUUCUCACAGAUCAUCUCUUGGCUUGGCUCCCUGUUUGGCGGUCACAAGUAG